ACCUGCUGUGUCUGUCUUCUUCCUUCCAGGUGUGGGAGUUGUCUUCAGGUGAGCUGCUCCUCUCCGUCCUGUUUGAUGUGGAGAUCAUGUCUGUGACCUUUGACCCCUGCGAGUACUUCCUGUUCUGUGGAGGCAGUGACGGAAACAUUUUCCAGGUGUCUCUAUGUAGCCAAAAUCUCAGUCGGGACAAAUCCUUCCAGUCCGACAGCGACGGGAACCAGGUCUUUAAAGGGCACAGGAACCUGGUCACGUGUCUGUCGGUGUCAAUGGACGGGACUCUGCUACUUUCUGGUUCUCAUGAUGAGACCGUUCGACUGUGGGACGUCCAGAGCAAACAGAGCAUCCGCUGUCUGACACACAAAGGUAAGACACCCCCCCCACCCCCACUGUGA